AUGAAGCUGUCCUCUUUUUUGGCUGUUGCUAGCCUGUUCUUUCUACCGCCUACCAAUGCUGUCCUCAGCAAAUCCCAUGUUAGGUCCACCAAUGUCACUCAAGAUCUAGUCAGAUGGGAUGAACACUCACUCUUCAUUCGAGGAGAGCGUAUCGUCAUCUUAUCCGGUGAAUUUCACCCCUGGCGUAUUCCUUCGCCAGGCUUAUGGUUAGACGUGCUACAGAAGAUCAAGGCGCUAGGUUACAACGCAGUGUCAUUCUACGUCAACUGGGCCUUGCUCGAGGGCAAACCAGGCGAGGUACGCAUGGACAAUGUGUUUGAUCUUCAACCUUUUGUCGACGCUGCCGUCGAGGCUGGGCUAUAUCUGAUCGCACGGCCUGGACCCUACAUCAAUUCUGAGCUCUCCGGGGGCGGGUUUCCCGGGUGGUUGCAGCGCAACAAGGGAGAACUGAGAUCAAUGGCUCCGGACUACACCAACGCAACUGAGAACUAUAUUUCAAGCGUCCUUCGUGUCAUCUCGGCGGCUCAAAUAACUAACGGUGGACCUAUCAUUCUGGUUCAGCCGGAAAACGAGUACAGCCUAGCGGUCGGAACUGCCAACCCGGUUGAGUCGACCAAGCUAUUGGAUCCAAACUACAUGGUCUUCAUGGAAGACCAAUUUCGACGAAAUGGUAUUGAAGUUCCUUUGAUUGGCAAUGACGCCGUGCCUCUAGGAAACUGGGCACCUGGAUCCGGGAAAGGAGAGUUGGACAUCUACGCGCAUGAUGCUUACCCUUUCUACAGAGGAUGCGAUCAUCCCACGGAUUGGACUGAUCUCACUCCGUUGAGUCUGACGUAUACGUAUCAAAAUCAUCUGCAGCAGAGCCCAAGCAGCCCCUAUGCCGUAUUGGAGUAUCAGGGAGGCGCUCCCGAUCCAUGGGGAGGUGUUGGCUUGGAUAAGUGUGCAGCAAAGAUCAACCAGGACUUUACCCGUGUUUUCGUGAAAGAGCUUGUGUCUCGCUCCAUCAAGAUACUCAACCUUUACAUGACGUAUGGAGGAACGAACUGGGGUAACAUGGGCCACUCAGAAGGCUAUACGUCCUACGAUCACGGCGCUUCUAUCAGAGAGAACCGCGGGAUCGAUCGGGAGAAGUACAGCGAGGGCAAGAUUGAAGCACAUUUCCUGCGUGCCUCCGAGGCCUAUCUCACAGCGAUUCCCCAAAACGCCACGUCGACCGAGUUUGUUAGCACCCCAGACCUACGCGUCGUUCCCAUCGUAGGGGACAAGACUCGUUUCUACGUGGUGCGCCACACCGAUUACACCUCCCUCAACCGCACGUCCUACAAACUUAAUGUGCCGACGUCUGCCGGCAACAUCUCUAUCCCUUUACUGGGCGGAGAGUUGUCUCUACAUGGGCGAGACUCCAAAAUCCACGUUACGGAUCACGAGGUCGGUGGCACUAAGUUGAUCUACUCGUCGGCGGAGAUAUUCACCUGGAAAACCUACGGAAGCAAGACAUUGCUCAUCUUGUAUGGGGGUGAUGACGAAGAGCACGAGUUUGCAGUGCCAUCCUCCCUAGGAAAGCCGCAUUUCGAAGGCAGCAACGCCACGACGCGCACUUACGGCAGCUUCAGAGCUAUUCACUGGCUGGUCCAAGAAAGAAGACAGGUUGUGCAUUUCGAAAACGUGGAGAUUCACCUCUUGUGGCGCAACGAUGCUUACCGACAUUGGGUCCUCGACCUUCCCGAUGCUAACGAUGGACUGAUCAAACCCACUCUAGGGAAAUCGUCAAUCAUCGCCAAGGGGCCCUACCUUCUGCGGAAUGCCACUUAUGCGGACAACGUUCUUCAUUUGACGGGAGAUUUCAAUGCUACUACAACUCUCGAAAUCCUAGGCGGAAUCCCUUCCAACAGCUCGCUUAGCUUCAAUGGCCGCCCCCUCUCCAACGCCCAAUGGAAGAAUGGCAGACUCCAAGCUGAGCUCGUCUUCAAGAGUCCGGCCCUCAACCUUCCGGCAUUCUCCGAACUGCAAUGGCGUUCGAUCGAUUCACUCCCAGAGGUCUCCAACAACUACGAAGAUUCCGCUUGGACCGAAGCAACGCUAGAGCAAAGCAACAACCCUCGCAAUUUGACGACGCCUACAUCACUUUACUGCAGUGACUACGGCUUCCACGGUGGCUCACUCAUUUACCGAGGCCACUUCACCGCGACCGGCAACGAAUCAUUCUUCAACGUAACGACAGCAGGCGGGUUUGCUUACAGCCACUCGGUCUGGGUCAACGAGAUCUUCCUCGGGUCCUUUGCCGGAGAUUCUCACACCGCCAACUCAACGCAAGUCUUCGAUCUGACCAGUUUGAAGCUCGUUGGCCCUUCAGUCUUCACUGUCGUUAUUGACCAUAUGGGCAUGAGCAUGAACUUCUGGGCACGGUCCGACUGGAUGAAGCUCCCACGCGGCAUUGUUGACUUUUCACUUGGUGGUCAUCAGCAGACCGACGUGAAAUGGAAGCUCACCGGUAACUUUGGAGCCGAAAGCUACAUAGACAAGACGCGUGGUCCGUUGAAUGAGGGUGCAUUCUAUGCCGAAAGACAAGGCUAUCAUCUUCCAGGGGCACCCACGUCUGACUGGGCUCCAGUGGCACCAUUCGAAGGCAUCAAGACAGCCGGUGUAGCCUUUUAUAAGACGGAGUUCCCCUUGGAUAUGCCAAUCGGCUACGACAUCCCUCUAAGCUUUGUCAUCUCGAAUGUGACGGCUUCAACUGGAGCGUCAAGCCUUUUCCGCGGGCAGCUUUUCGUCAACGGGUACCAAUUUGGCAAGUAUGUCAACUAUCUCGGCCCGCAAACGCGCUUCCCUGUUCCAGAGGGCAUCCUCAACUACAACGGCAACAACACGGUAGCACUUACUCUUUGGGCUUUGGACGGAUCGGGUGCACGUCUUGAAGGAUUCGAGUUGGCAGUGGACCACAUCAUACAGUCAGGCUACCGGAAACCUGGGCAAACAUCUCAACCGUCGUGGUUGGAGAGAGUUGGGGCGUACUAA